AUGCCACCGUCUGUUGAAGCUUAUCCUAGACAUAGAAGGAGUCGAACAGGCUGUUUAACAUGUAGAAAGGCAAAGCACAAGUGUGACGAAGGUAAACCCAUUUGUGGAAGAUGCGUUAGAACUGCUCGACCUUGUACUUACCCAUCCGCUACCACUUCGACAUCAACUUCGCUGUCAAUUUCAAAUGGAAACUCAAUGUCUAAUAUCGAUCCAUCAACAUGGACGGCCAUUUCAACAUCGAAUCAAACUACGGGUACUUUAGAGGUCAUCUCUCCAGCUGAAAGCUCUCGUAUGGCACAAUUCAACGGAAUGUCAAGAGCUGCACAAGCCAUCCCACCUGCCAUCACUUUAACGGACCUGCUAGCUUUGUCUAUCCCUGAUGCUCAUGAAAGAUCACUUUUGCAACAUUUCUUGUGCUUUGGCACCGUCAAUUUGCACGCUAUCCCACAUCCCAAUAAACCUAUCCACUGCUUUGACGUUACAGAAUGUUUUCAAAAUCGAAGAGGAACAUCAAUGGAAGUAGAUUCAUUCUUCUUAUCAUUAAUUUCAAUAGCGGCAGUACAUAGAUCUUCAAUGUUUCUACAAAUGGAAAGGAAAUAUCUGAAACAACCUCCCAUAGGUAGAUGGGGUGUGCCACCUUUACCUUCUUUACCACCAAACGAACGUCAAAUUGAAGAAUUAAGGAAAACAGGUAUACAAUCUUCGAAAGCUUCUAUUCAAUUAAGUAAAAUCUCAAUGUCAUUAAAACUUUCUUCGCCUUCGACCUCUUCUGCUUCUUCAUCUCUCUCCCCCCCUCAAGGGCAUGGGAAUGGAAAUGGAGUUGACAGUACAGAUACGAAUUCAAAUGGAAUCACAAAAUCAGUCGCAGAUAUAUUGUUAACAUCAAUAGUCUGUGUUUGUAUUUCUCAAGUCAUGUUAGUCUCAAAGGAAUGGAAAGAAGCUUAUCAAGUUGGAUUACAAAUCAUAAAAUUAAGAGGUGGUCCGCAACGAAUGUUGAAAGAAGCAAAAGAAAUCUCAACAGAAUCAAUGUUAAGGACCAGAGCUUUAUUGGAGAAUUUAGCUAUAAUAGACGUAUGGCAUUGUUUAGCUUCGGGAAAUUCUCCUACUUUAUUAGAGAAAGAAUUUCAACCUUGGUGGUUUGAUUUUGCAGAUCAGAUCACGGAUUCAACGCAUCCAGAUUCGUUUCAAUUCAUAUGUGGAAUGGAUAGAGGAAUGCUUGAAAUGGUGAAUAGAGUCAAUAUCCUAGUUCACGAAUAUCAAGUGUUGUCUAAAUUACCCAAUCAAGCGUAUUCGGCUAUCCACUCUCAGAAAGUGCAAGAUAUGUUACUGGAGUUAGAUAUUUGGGAAGUGACUAUUGGAUCUGCUGAUAGAUUACCCCGUGUUCAACUUGGUAAUCUGAUCAUAGCAUACACAAUGAGGGUCGUGAUCUCUGUUGAGCUACUCAAAUAUCCUCAUUCACACCCUACUGUACAAUCAUAUGCUUUAGCGGCGUUGAAUCACUUGGAGACUUCAAGGACUAUAUACACUGUGAAUAUGCUGGUUCCGACCAUUAUUGUCGGUUCGAUGAUGAUCGAAUCUGCGAAUAGAGACUUGGCUAGGAAAGUUAUCAAAGCUUUAAGAUCUGAUGUUAGUUUCUCGUAUGAUGUUGAAGAAACGGUAUCGAUCAUUGAGCAAUUGUACACCCAACGUGAUCAAGGUAUACCUGAUCCUUCCUGGAGACCGCUCUUACAAGAUAUACUCUUGUUGUAG